AUGGUAUUCCAGAAUGGUGGGAGGCAAGCCAAGUUUGAGAAGUGGUGGUACAAGGGUCGCAGAAUAGAAGUUGGUGAUGAUAGAGUCAAUCAGAACCCAGGAAUUGCAAUAGUAACCACAACUUUUGUGAGAGAGCACAAUAGGUUGUGCGAGCGAUUGGCCAAAAUCAAUCCAUCAUGGGAUGAUGAAACUCUGUAUCAGGAGGCAAGGCGUAUCCUUAUAGCCGAAUUGCAACAUAUCACUUACACAGACUUUAUUUCUGCACUAUUGGGAGCGGAGUAUGUUGAAGAUACAGGUCUCAAAGUAAAGUAUGGAUUCCAGGAGUCAUAUGAUGCGCUUUUAGAUCCGAAUACUCUGACUGAAUUUUCUGGUGCAGCUUACCGUGUGUUCCAUGCUAUGAUAAGAAAUGAUAUACUAUCAUCAUCACAGGAAGGAUGCCCAUACAAAAGCAUUAAAUUGGCUGAUACCUUUAAUAAUCCUCAAUUUAUGCAAGGAAGCCAGUUUUCAAGUUAUGCUUAUGGAUUGGAAUUUUUGGCAGCAAAAGAAUUCGACAUGAAAUAUGCAAAAUCU